CAUCAAUGGAUCCAGUCACCCAAGAGCCCGAUGUUGCAGCGCCGGCAGUUGACGCUCCUGAUACUGAUGGUACUCACGAUACUCUCAAGUACCAUCUUCUGGGGCCGUCUCUGACCAAGGCUGGCCAAGAUACUGUAGAUCAGCGGAAGGUCUCAGAGAUCAUUUAUAAUGCAUCAAAAGGAUCUAAAUUCUUUAACCGGGAAGAAAUCCGGGACCAAAUCCUCACAGAGAAGGUCAAACGCAUCCAAGCCGAAAAAGCAUGCCUAGAACGCCUAGAUUUAUCCCAGGACCUACGAAAGGCGGACGACUAUCUCGCUGAAUUGGAGCUAAAUCGGGAUCUAUCCCAGACAAUUGUACAUGUCGACUGCGAUGCGUUCUUUGCAGCUGUCGAAGAGCUCGACCGGCCUGAGCUAAAAGAGGUACCGAUGGCCGUAGGCAAGGGUGUUUUGACAACCUGCAAUUACCAUGCCAGACGAUUUGGCUGCCGCAGUGGAAUGGCGACCUUUGUCGCCAAAAAGUUAUGUCCGCAAUUGAUCUGCCUGCCGCAGAAUUUCGAUAAGUACAAUGCUAAAGCUGAAGAGAUUCGUGCGAUUUUGGCCAAUUACGAUCCACGCUUCGAGAGCGCGAGUAUCGACGAGGCGUAUCUUAACAUCACUUCCUACUGUGCAGAAAAUUCGAUUGAUCCACAGGAAGCCGUCCAAAAGAUGCGCUCUGAGGUUUUGGAAAAGACCAAAAUUUCAGUAUCCGCAGGAAUUGCACCUAAUGCGAAGAUAGCCAAGAUCGCGUCCAACAAAAACAAGCCCAAUGGCCAGUUCUACGUCCCCAGUCACAGAGAUGCCAUGAUGGAGUUUAUGAGGGAUCUUCCUGUGCGCAAGGUGAAUGGUGUCGGGCGCGUAUUUGAGCGCGAGUUAGAUGCAAUAGGGAUCGCAACGUGCGGCGAUAUAUACCCUCAACGAGCAUUCCUAGCGAGAUUGUUCGGAGAAAAAGCGUUCCAUUUCUUGAUGGAAUGUUACCUGGGUCUUGGACGAACGAAAAUCCAGCCUGCUGAAGAGUAUGAGCGAAAAAGUGUAGGUACCGAGAGUACCUUUCGGGAGACAAGUGGCGCAGAGGCACUGCGAGAAAAGCUUCGCUGGGCGGCGGAGGAACUAGAAAAGGACCUUGCCAGAACGCAGUUCAAAGGUCGCACGCUCGUAUUGAAGGUGAAGCUGCACACCUUCGAGGUCUUGACACGCCAAACUGUCCCACCAAGAGCAGUAUGGCUAGCGAAAGACCUCUACGCAUUUGCACUGCCUAUGUUGGUCAAGUUGGAGAGGGAGAUCCCAAAUCUCACGCUGCGGCUCCUAGGGCUUCGAUGUACGAACCUCGUCAGCACAAAGAGAGUCGGAAUUGACUUCUUCGGGAUACAUGCUCAAAAAAAGCAGACGUUGCCGUCCUCCGUGGAUGCCAGCGGUGAGCGCGAACUCAACGCUGAAGAGGAGUUUGAGCAUGCGGCACGCCAGGAGAGACAGGAUGAGAUGAAUGAGCUAGAGAGCCUCAGUCAAGAGGUUUCACCUUCGGCGGGAUCCCAUAAUCUCGGGUCAGACAUUUCAGACGCAACGAAGGACGAGUUCUGGGAGUGUCCUAUUUGUUCCCGACCUCAGGCGGCGGAUGACAAGACGUUUAAUGAGCACAUUGAUUUCUGCUUGUCGAAGCAGACUAUUAAGGAAGCGGUCCAAGGGGCUUCACGAGAAGCGACACCAGCACCGUCACAGCCUCGAAAGAGGAAAACAGCCCUCAAAUCCAUCAGCGCGGAAGGGGAUAGCAGACAGAAACGUCUAUUCUUUGGAUGAGAAUGGAUCAAUGGCGACAGAGCUCCUCUGUUCCCGCGAGAGCAAGAAGUUGAAGUCUAGUCAGAGUCCGAAGUGA